AAGCGGGUGGAGGCGGGAGUGGGGAAGUCCGCGGGCUGGGCCCGGGAGUUGGAGCUGCCUUGGCGCGCGGGUAGAGGAGCAGCCGCACGCGGGUCGCCCUGGGCGCCGGGGGACAGCGCGGGGAGGAGGCAGCCAGGAUGUUUCUGGAGCCCCAGGAAACUAUGCCCCAGACGUCCGUGGUCUUUGCCAGCAUACUCGGGCCCAGCUGUAGUGGACAGGGGCAGCCUGGCAUGGGGGAGCGAGGAGGUGGGGCCGGUGGCUCCGGGGACCUCAUCUUCCAAGAAGGACGCCUCAUCUCCGGGUCGCUGGAGGCCUUGAUGGAGCACCUGGUCCCCACAGUGGACUAUUACCCUGAUAGGACGUACAUCUUCACGUUUCUCUUGAGCUCCCGGGUCUUCAUCCCCCCUCAUGACCUGCUGGCCCGCGUGGGGCAGAUCUGCCUGGAGCAGCGGCAGCAGCUGGAGGCCGGCUCUGAGAAGGCCAAGCUGAAGUCCUUCUCAGCCAAGAUUGUGCAGCUGCUGAAGGAGUGGACGGAGGCCUUCCCCUAUGACUUCCAGGACGAGAAGGCCAUGGCCGAACUGAAGGCCAUCACCCACCGGGUCACGCAGUGUGACGAGGAGAAUGGUACAGUGAAGAAGGCCAUUGCCCAGAUGACGCAGAGCCUGCUGCUGUCCCUGGCUGCCCGGAGCCAGCUUCAGGAACUGCGUGAUAAGCUCCGUUCGCCGGCCAUGGACAAAGGGCCCGUCCUCAAGGCCAAGCCGCCAGCUGCUCAGAAAGACAUCCUGGGCGUGUGCUGUGACCCCCUGGUGCUGGCCCAGCAGCUGACUCACAUCGAACUGGAGAGGGUCAGCAGCAUUCACCCGGAGGACCUGAUGCAGAUUGUCAGCCACAUGGACUCUCGGGACAAGCACAGGUGCCGAGGAGACCUGACCAAGACCUACAGCCUGGAGGCCUAUGACAACUGGUUCAACUGCCUCAGCAUGCUAGUGGCCACCGAGGUGUGCCGGGUGGUGAAAAAGAAGCACCGGACCCGCAUGCUGGAGUUCUUCAUCGAUGUGGCCCGAGAGUGCUUCAACAUCGGGAACUUCAACUCCAUGAUGGCCAUCAUCUCUGGCAUGAACCUCAGUCCUGUGGCGAGGCUGAAGAAAACGUGGUCCAAAGUCAAGACGGCCAAGUUCGACGUCCUAGAGCACCACAUGGACCCAUCCAGCAACUUCUGCAACUACCGCACAGCCCUGCAGGGGGCCACGCAGAGGUCCCAGAUGGCCAACAGCAGCCGCGAGAAGAUCGUCAUCCCUGUCUUCAACCUCUUCGUUAAGGACAUCUACUUCCUGCACAAAAUCCACACCAACCACCUGCCCAAUGGGCACAUUAACUUCAAGAAAUUUUGGGAGAUCUCCAGACAGAUCCAUGAGUUCAUGACAUGGACACAGGUAGAGUGUCCCUUCGAGAAGGACAAGAAGAUUCAAAGCUACCUGCUGACGGCUCCCAUCUACAGCGAGGAAGCUCUCUUCAUCGCCUCCUUUGAAAGUGAAGGUCCCGAGAACCACAUGGAAAAGGACAGCUGGAAGACCCUCAGGACCACGCUCCUUAACAGAGCCUGAAGGCACGGAUGCAGCCUGCAGACCUGGAUGAAGCACACCUAUGUACCGAGUUUUAAUCCUGAUCGAUAUGGGUUGAGAUGAGGAGGCCUCACUGGUUGGGGUCCAUUUUGUACAUACCUUUUAUGAAAAAAAGAAAAAAGGAAUUAUUUCAUGCAUCAACCUUUGGCACUUAAAAGUUUUUUUUUUUUUUUUUGGUUUAUUUUAAAUAACAGGGCAGGGCCCUGCUUUGGGGAGGGGUGGGGAAAGAGUAUCAUGGGGGAUGGCAUCCAUGAUAACAUCUUAUUCUAAUGAAAUGUAGAUUUUUAUUUUCUACUUUUGAUUAUUAACAUCUUACAAAAAAAAAUAUUUAAAAAACCCAACCAAAACCAACAUGAGCCCUGCCUACCUUCCAGCCAGUGUCUCUGAUGUCGGGGUUAGUGCCUUAGAGGGUCCUGGAGGGCCGGUCUCCCGCUCUGUCGUGGCCUGCAGCCAGCUCUGCCCUGGGCCACAAAGGCGCCUGCCCUCAAAGCCUAGGCCAGUGAGGUCCCGGCAUGAAGGACUAGGGUGGCCAGGAGGUCUCAUUUGUGUACUUCUGGAAGCGAACCUUGAACACGGGCUUUCCAAAGUUUACAUUUUCAUGUUCCUUUAUCAGGGAUUUAUGGGGGUCAGGGGGGGAGGGCAGGGGGACGCCUGGCAGCAUAUUUUCUGUUGGAAUUACGUCUGGCAAGUUAUUCUUCAACUACGUUUUGGGAAAAGAGGAAAUCUAAAAUAACGUAAGGAGGGGAGUCGUGGAAUUGUCGGUUUUCCAGGCUGUGACUGAAAGAGACUUAGCUGUAAUAAGGCGAAUACAAAGUACAGUUAAGGAUGGGGUUCAAGCUGGCUUUCAAUGUCCCCACUUCAAAGUGAAAAGAAGCACCUCACCAAUCAGGCUCCUCCCUCCUUCUGGGCAGGGGAGCUCCCCUGCUAGAAUCGGAGACAGAAACAUUAGCCAGUAUCCGCUGGAGCCCUCUCACCUAACACUGCCCAACAUUUGGAGGUUUUUCCCACACCCAAACUCGAGGGGCACACUCCGUUUUCUUUCUGACGCCCUGGCCCCUAAGAGGCCAGAAGCGGGCAGUCCACGCGGAUGUGCUCCCCCUCGCAGCAGGGCUCUCAUUCCGUACAGAUUUGGAAUUACUCACCCUUGUUUCUCUCCGCACACCCGUUUUCUGCCAGCUGAGAGUCCUGGCUGAGGCCGGGGCAGCUAGUUGCUAAUUCCCAAACCUCCGAGGAGAGCUGGAGACGUGAAGGCGAAGCCUUAGGAGGGAGGUGGCUCUGUGAUCACUGCUGAUGUCGCCCUCGGCCCUGGGUGGAGCAAGGAUAUUCUUUACACUGUAUUGUCACAGUGUUUUUGCACUUUUCAGAUGUUCUAGAUAGUACAUAUUGUAUAUUGAUAGUACAUACUGCUUUGUUUAUGUAUUUGAGAUAAAGAAAGGUUUAAAACUUGAGAAUAUAUAUUUGGAAUACGAUGUUAGAUCCUUUUCUGUCCACGUGUUCAGGAGCUUUCCCAUCAGUGUGCACUUUGCUGGGUCAUCAGUUCUAGUCCCUACCUGACACAGUGUCCACAUUUGCUACUUUAUCUUCCCAAUUUGAUACACACCCUAACUGUGGCGUUUUGGUACCUCAAGAUGAACUCUGAGGAUAAAGCUGUACUAUAAUGCAGGAUGUCAGCUGUUGGUGUGACUGGACGUACUUGCAUCAAUAAAAGAACAUGUCGCUC